AUGGGUUGCGUUUCUUCCAAUCUCUUCAACCACGACGAUGACUUCUCCCAGCUCGGCAGCUCCGCCUUGAGCCCCCACAUCGUCUCCCUCACCUCCUCCACCUACGGCCUCCUCACCCUCGACCCCCCACCCCCACCCCCACCCACACCCACACCCACACCCACCAGCCCACCUUCUCGAUUCACAUUGGGUUCCAUCUUUCCCACCUCCCUCUCAGAGCCCAGAUUGCUCUGGUCCAACCCGAAGUCAUCAACUCUUGGGAGCUCAUGGCCGGCCUCGACACCAACAGAUUUCAGUUUUCACUGCUCCCACCGUCGAAGCCCUUCUCGAUUCGAACUUCAAAAACCACAUACCACUUGUCCAGACGAGGUCGCGCUGCGAACUGUCGGUGGGGAGCGGCGGAGGUGGGCUGAGCAGCCAUCUCCGAGCCUGAGCAAAAACGAAGAAGAAGAAGAGAAGAAAAUAAGGGAGAGAAGAUCGUGA